UUUUCUCCUCUAUUCUCUCACUGUGCUCGUGAAGAGCGGAGCUGAUCUGGUCUUUCAUGGCUGCACGAGCGCUGAUCUGAGCUUAGUGCUGGUGGAUUUCGUUUCUAUUCCUUUUCUCUCUGUGGAUUUCACUCAUUUUUUAGGACUUGCUCUUUCUUCAUGUCCAUGUUGAGCCAUGCAGCCUCCGCCGAGAAAGGUCAAAGUCACGCAGGAGCUGAAGACCACUCACACGGAGCAGCUCACCAGACUGCACUUUAAACACCAGACCGAAUGCGACUUACUGGAAGACAUGAGGACAUACAGUCAGAAGAAGGCCACACUGGAGAGAGAGUAUGCACAGGCUCUGCAGAAGCUGGCCAAUCAGUAUCUGAAGAGGGACUGGCCUGGAAUCAAACCAGACGAUCAGAGAAAUGACUACAGGAAUGUGUACGGGGUGUGGAGGGCGUAUCUGGAGGGCACAGUGGAAGUGAACCAGACUCGACUCUACAUUUGCGAUAACUACAAGAACGAGAUCUCGGACCCUGCCAAAACCGUACGCCUUUACAAAGAGCAGCAGCUCAAGAAGUGCAUCGAGCAGUUGGGCCGGAUCCAAGCUGAACUCCAAGACUCUGUGAAGGACCUGGCGAAGUCCAAGAAGAAGUACUUUGAGUUGGAGCAGAUGGCCCAGGCCGUCCGGGAAAAAGCAGAUAUCGAGGCCAAGUCAAAGCUGGGCCUGUUUCAGUCCAGGAUUAGUUUACAGAAGGCCAGCGUAAAGCUCAAGGCCAAGAGGAGUGAUUGCAACUCCAAAGCCACCCACGCCAGAAACGAAUACCUUCUUACACUCGCAGCAGCCAACGCGCAUCAGGACCGCUACUACCAGACUGAUCUGGCCAACAGUAUCAAGGCUCUGGAUGGAAGCGUGUAUGAACAUGUGAAGGACUAUUUGAUGUCUUUUUGCCGGACGGAGUUGGAAGCGUUCCAGGCCGUCCACAACACGUUCCAGUUCCUGCUGGACAAGUCGAGUCGAGUGGGCCCGGACUUUAACCAGCAGCUGUUCCUGCAGGAGAAUCCCGUUUUCCACAAAGCACAAGACUUCGAGUUUCAACCGUGUGACAGUGACGCAAGCCGGCAACUGGAGUCGGAGACGGGCACCACGGAGGAGCACAGCCUUAACAAGGAGGCCAGGAAAUGGGCGACUCGUGUAGCCCGAGAGCACAAAAACAUCAUCCACUAUAAACGGACGCUGGAGGAGUGCGAGAGACAGGGGACCCCUUCCACAGAACAGAGCCGCAACGACCUCGAAUUUAAAAUAGAGGAGGCCAAAGAGCACAUCCGUAAAGCUGAGACAGUGAAGCUCAAAGCAGAGGCUCGUCUGGACCUCCUGAGACAGGUCGGCGUUUCCGUGGAUACGUGGCUGAAGAGCGCCAUGAACCAAGUGAUGGAGGAGCUGGAGAAUGAGCGCUGGGCAUCGUUGCCCACCCUUACUACCCAUGAUCCCUCGCUCUCAACCACAGUGGACUUGGACCGAGACGAAGGCGAGGAACUGGAGGAGAACAUGGAGCAAUUCGACGAUAGCAGUUCAAGUCCUUCAGGGACAUUGAGGAACUACCCUCUCACCUGCAAAGUGCUCUAUUCCUACAAGGCAUCUCAGCCAGACGAGCUGACUAUUGAUGAGCAUGAGGUGUUGGAGGUCAUAGAGGAUGGAGACAUGGAAGACUGGGUUAAGGCACGAAAUAAGGCGGGCCAUGUGGGCUAUGUACCUGAAAAGUACUUGCAGUUCCCCUCCUCCAACAGCAUACUGAGCAUGCUCCAGUCACUCACAGCUUUGGACUCACGCUCGCACACGUCAAGCAAUUCCACUGACCCUGAGCUGGCCUCAGGCAGCAUCAACGGUGAUGCCAGUAUGAGUUUUGCAAAGGCCAUAUACGACUAUGAGGGCCAGACGGACGAUGAGCUGUCCUUCCCAGAGGGCGCAGUUAUCCGGAUCCUUAAUAAAGACAAUCAGGAGGACGAUGGAUUCUGGGAAGGAGAGUUUAACGGACGAGUGGGUGUCUUUCCAUCCGUCCUGGUGGAAGAUCUGACUGCAGAAAAUGGAGACACGCACUGGGCUUUAGAUGCUCAGAUAUCAUCGUGUGUGAAACUACAGUCGUCUUUGCCUCCUUUGCCACUCUAUGAUCAGCCUCCUUGCACUCUGGACUGUAGCCCUGCCCCCAACCUGCCUCGCUCACCGUCCGUCAACGGAGAGCACAAACAACCUGGCCUGCACAAAGCGCUGCCACACAAUCAUAGUUCUGGCCUAAGUCCAGAAAGCCCAGGCUUUCCCCAGCCACCGAGAUUCACACCUGAUGGAUCCGGCACUGGAAAACUGCGACCUGUCCGUGCGGCUCCGCCUCCUCCAAAACAACACUCUCGCAGACAAGUGGACAAAACCGAGGAAGUAGAGAUCACGCUGGUGUAACAGCUGCCGCACUUUUCUACGGAGGACUCAUACGUAUACAUUUGACCUCAAACUUCUCCUACUGGCUUCAAAGGGGUGUAAGCACACCCUUCCAGCACUCUGACCGAGGUGGACUGCAUUUUAAAGACUCCUCCCUGCUAAUCCUGAAAAAAAAGAAAAGAUCUUAUGGCGUCACAGACUGUUUGGUGCCUUUUAACCCUAUUCAUGCCAAAACUAAUCCUUGUAUUUGUACUAGUAGAGUCAAAAAAUUGUGGCAUUACCAGUUAGAAGGUUGUGCUCUACAAAUUCAAGAUGGCGGAAAAAAUAUAAAGAGUAAUAAAGCCUGGUUGGUUAACUUGCACAUGUACCUAUCCAACAGGCUCAUCAAUAGCAGAAAAUGCAAUAUCAGGAGGUGAUCAAAGGAUUCGCGGGGGCAUUUUUGGUGUACAGUGGGUGUGGGUGAUUAAGUUUGCCCCGUCUUCAGCCACGUCUAGUCCUAUCAUACGUAUUUAAUGUUGUAUUAGUACAGUACAUUACUGUUGUCAUAGAAAUGUUCAGAAUAUGUGCAACAUUUCUUCAUAUAUUGUAACUGAGUGGAUGCUUUUUAAAAUGUAAAAAUGAGGACAAAGACAGUUGUGUAUGAAAGGGUAAAACGGCGAGGUAGGAAGGGCGAUGGGGAUUGCAAGAUAAUGAAGGCUGGAUCCUCCAUUUUCUUUUUCCUCUCCCAUCGCUCAUCUACCCAAACACAUUACUCCUCCAUACUGUGUUAAAAGUACUAAUUACAUCAAUAUUUGCAUUUUCUUAGCUUGUCCUUAAGAAGACUGCCGUUUGUACGUAUUAACUAAUAUUUAGUCGUCGAAAGGAAGACAGAGAAUGCAGGUUUUUCAGCGUCAUCCCUGGGAGCGAGCCCUUGGGCCGUUGCUUUAGUGUGCAGUUUAAUUUGUUUGCAAAUGCCAAUCAAUAUUUGAGCAUUAUUUAAAGGACUUAAUUUUUCUGCCUAAUUCUUAUCUUGCUCGCUCAUCACAAUAGCCUAGGCUCAAUCUAAUGGAGUUUGUUGGCAGACGGGUCCCGGUCAUUUCAUAGUAAUUAGCAUCCUAAAUGCUUUUCCUUUGUACAAUGGGCAGCUAUUGUUUUUUCCUACAGUAAAUACAAGGGCAGUUCAUAUAAAACCGGGGAAUUUUUCUUCUGAAUAAAGGUAUAGAAUCUAUUGAUAUUUUAUUGGAGACUUCAAGCACAGUAAAGUGAUGAGACUCUGUUGUUUUGAAUGUUAAUGUUAAAACAUUUUAAAGAAGUGCGAACAGCCCAUGAUUGAUGGCCGAGGUGGCACAGAGCCCACUGCAGUCAAUCCUGUAAAUGUUCAGCAAGUAAAACGUCCGAUCCUUGAAAAUUUACAGAUGACUUGAUCCCAACAAAGAGAUACAUCUGUCUGUGAUUGUGUGGAAAUUUUCGCACAAUCAUUUACGAACACCACUUGCACAUUACAGGAACUCGGCUAGCAGUCUCCAAUACAGUGUUGACCUCGCUCCAAGACAUUUCCUCCAGUGUUGCAAAUAUGAACAAGGCAAUCUGACCAUGGUUCUGGCAUACUAAGAGAACUUUCUAUCUUGAUGGUAUUGAAGCACUAAUGAAACACUGGGAUAAGUGCAUUAGUAUAUUAAAGGAUUAGAGGAUUAUAUACAAAAAAGAAGCUCAUUUUUAAACUCAUAACUGUGUUUUGUUAUUCUGCACAAUCAAGAGUCCCGGUUUGACUUGAACACCCUUUGUAGUAUUGUAAUGCUAAAAAAUAAGAAUAAUAAUCUUUAAUUUAUCAACACAAUUAGUCAACGCCGGUUUCAUUUUGAAUGACUGAAUUCCUGUUAUUUAUAUUAUUAUUAAUACUAUCAUCCUCCCAUUUCUUUGCUAUAUUUUAAACUAGGCAUGUGCUGAAUUAUUUUUUUAAUCCAAUAACAUUUGACUAACCUGAGUUACUGCAAAUGUAUGACAUAAAAAGAUUUUGUCCGUUAUGUUUUUCAGACUCUCUCAUGGGGAAAAAGCAUUUUUACAGCAUCACAAUUCAUAGAAGGCAUUUAUUUAAAUCCUUGUUUGGAAAGUCGGAAGAAGUAAAUGACAUUUAAUUUACUUUUAAAAAUUUCUUGGCCUGUAGUUAGUUCUACUAGUUGGCUGACAGUAUGCGCUAACAUGACAGGAGUUCUGAAAGAAUUUUGAAUUUAUAUACAUGUAUACAGUAUCUGCAAUUUUCACAGCUAAAACCAGUUAGCUGGCUAAACAUUACCUGACCUGAAGGGAAGUUUGCAAAUAAUGUACCAGCUACCUAGUAUUAGCUGUAAAUCUUGAAAUCUCUGAAUAUUUACAGCUAAUACUAGUUAGCUGCUACAAUACGCGCUAAGCUGACAUUAGUUCUGAGAGAAUUUAAAAUUAAUAUCCAUAGAUAUUCACAAUAUUUACAGCUAACACUAUUAGGCUGAUACAAUAUGUGUUAACCAAACAGUCUGAGAGGAUUUUGAAUUCAUAUUCAUAAAUAUUCACAUCAUUUACAGCUAAUCCUAGUUAGCUGGUAUAAUAUAUGCUAACCUGACAGAGUUCUGAGAGGAUUUAUUUAUAUUCAUAAAUAUUCAAAAUAUUUAUGGCACAAUAUUUAGAUGGCUAAACAUUACCUGACCUGACAGGAAGUCUGACAGGAUUACACAAUAUUUACAGCUAAUACUAGUUAUCUCUUACAGAAUGUGCUAACCUUAACAGGAGUUUAGAGAGGAUGUUUUUAUCCUUAUGUCACAAUAUUUAUCUGGUUAUGAGCUAACCUGAGAGGAUUUCUGCAAUAAUUGUGAAGUUAUAUACAGUAGGUUUAAAUAUUUUCAGGAAUCUAUCUAUAGCUUCCUGGUAAAAUAUGCUAAUGUGUCUGGAGGUCUAAGAAAGCUUUCCCUUUUUGAGUGCAAUUAUAAAAAAUAUGGAGAAUUAGGCAUGGAUUCAGAAACAUCAUGUUCCUAGAGAGUGACCUGCAUAUAGAAUUUCUACCUUCUAAACAAAUAAAAUUUAUCACCUAGUGAUGUUUGGCAUUUGUCCAAGGUAUCAGCACAUGCCUGUGUUUAAUGAUAUAGAUAUCUCAGCACUUUGCCAAAGCUGUAAUGCUUUGUCUUUAACUUUUAUGUCUGCAUCCCAUUAAAGGACCCUUGUGUAGCAUAGCUGCCUAAAUGUGUGUUUUUGUUUAGUGUUUUUUCCUACAUUCAGUGUUUUAUACCCAAAUUGUUUCAUAUGAUAAAGAAUACAGAUCAGUUAUUUAUUCUCUUCCUCAAGGAGUAAGAAAUGACUCAUUUUCAAGAUAUAGCGUUACGGUUGUUAAUAAUUAUAAAUAAUGUCACCUUAAGUAUAGUAAAUAAUGUCACCUUAAAAAUGGUGCUUGUAAAGAAUUUGAGGGGGGUAUUUGUAUGUAUGUGUUUUGGGCAUUUUUUUUCUUUUAAUAGAGUGGACGAAAUUGGCAUAUAUGCCCUUACGUCAAGUCUUUUUGUUGCAGCCUGUUUUCUUGUUGAUCUCAUUGAGAUCUUUAAGAUGUUAUCAAACUUGUUUUGAAGUUUAUGGCCCAUCCCCUCAAAAAGCUCCUCUGAGACUUUUUUUUUUUUCUUACUUUACCAGAGCCCUUUUUUCAUAUGUUUAUUUUCUGCAAAAACUUCAUACACAUGCUUAUCAUUAUUUUUUUAAAUGCCUUUGUUUUAUUUUAUUUGAAAGACACUGCUAGAAAAAGAUGGUGAAAUAACAUAGGACUGUUGCUGCAGUGUAUGUAUCAGAGAACUGGUUAAGACAUUUCUUUUUGCAUAUCAUUAGCUGUAAAGUAAUUUGUAUUUAUUGUGUACAAAUGUUAAAUAAAAAAAUUAGAAAAUGA